CGGGGGGGUGAAGCUGGAAUAUGGCCCCUCCUGUUGGAUGGGUUGGGCUUCGAUCAGUUUCCUGCAGCCGAUGCACUCCGCUUUGGUUGAGCUGCAGAGAUCCUGAGCACAGAGCCGGGGAUCGGAUCAUAAGAGGCGGAAUACCGGAGAGGGAAGGAGGCUGCGAGGACGGAGCUCCUCUCCCCUGAUCCCCGGACACCCUGCACCCGAGGGGCCCGGCUACUUUCUCUGGACUGGUAGCGGCUGAUCGCAGCGCCCUGGCUCAGAAGGUGAUCCCCUCCUCUCCUCUGAGGAUGUCUCGGAAGGUGCAGAGGGGCGAGGUGUGUGCGGACUGCAGUGCCCCAGAUCCUGGCUGGGCUUCCAUUAACCGCGGUGUGCUGAUAUGCGAUGAAUGCUGUAGUGUACACAGAAGUUUAGGUCGACACAUCUCAAUUGUAAAACACCUCCGGCACAGUGCAUGGCCGUCAUCCUUGUUACAGAUGGUGCACACAUUGGCCAGUAAUGGAGCAAACUCAAUAUGGGAGCACUCUCUUCUAGACCCAGCACAGGUCCAGAGCGGUCGCCGUAAAGCCAACCCACAAGACAAGCUUCACCCUACGAAGUCAGAGUUUAUCCGUGCCAAGUAUCAAAUGCUUGCAUAUGUGCACAAGCUACCCUGCCGUGACGAUGACGGAGUGACUGCCAAAGACCUUAGCAAGCAACUCCACUCCAGCGUGAGGACGGGGAACCUGGAAACCUGCUUACGUCUGCUGUCUCUUGGGGCACAAGCCAAUUUCUUCCACCCGGAAAAAGGGACCACCCCGCUGCAUGUUGCAGCUAAAGCUGGACAAAGCCUACAGGCUGAGCUACUGGUAGUAUAUGGAGCUGAUCCUGGGGCCCCAGAUGUGAAUGGUAGAACACCCAUUGACUAUGGCAGGCAGGCGGGACACCAUGAUUUGGCAGACAGAUUGGUGGAGUGUCAGUAUGAGCUGACGGACAGACUAGCCUUCUACCUCUGUGGGAGAAAACCAGAUCAUAAAAAUGGACAUUAUAUAAUUCCUCAGAUGGCUGACAGUUUGGAUUUGUCAGAACUCGCAAAAGCUGCCAAAAAGAAGCUACAGGCGCUCAGUAACAGACUCUUUGAAGAGCUUGCCAUGGACGUUUACGAUGAAGUCGAUCGAAGAGAAAAUGAUGCAGUCUGGCUGACAACGCAGAAUCACAGCACACUGGUGACAGAGCGCAGUGCGGUGCCUUUCCUGCCCGUUAACCCUGAGUACUCUGCAACCAGGAAUCAGGGGCGUCAGAAACUGGCACGCUUCAAUGCUCGUGAAUUUGCAACACUGAUCAUAGAUAUCCUAAGUGAAGCCAAGAGGCGACAACAAGGCAAAACAUCAGUGAUAAUCACAGACAACCUUGACUAUUCUUUGAGGAACAACAUCAAUGACUGUGAUGACCAGCACGACUAUGACAGUGUAGCUUCUGAUGAAGACACAGACCAGGAGCUGCUGAGGAACUCCAGAAACAACAGAGCCAGGAGCAUGGAUUCCUCAGACCUGUCAGAUGGCCCUAUUACUUUGCAAGAGUAUCUGGAAGUAAAAAAAGCCCUUGCAACAUCUGAUGCCAAAGUACAGCAGCUAAUGAAAGUGAAUAAUAACUUAAGUGAAGAGCUACGCCGACUUCAGAGAGAGAUUCAGAAAUUGCAGUCGGAGAACUCACAGAUCCGACAUCAGACAGGCCCGUCACCCCCUCCUCCAACAAACCCUGAGCGAGCAGAGCACCCACUACCUGCUGCCCACCGGCGAGACCGGCAAGCCUUCUCUAUGUAUGAGCCAGGAUCAGCACUUAAACCAUUUGGACAAUCCACUGAUGAUAUUAGCAAUCGACUUCAGCCAUUUCACUCAGGGAUCCGGAAAGGCAUCUCUGCCUCUUCUGUGCCCUUCCCCCCUCUGUCCUCCCCUCUGUUCUCUGGACCUCCGGACAAUACCCGGAACAUGCCUGCCAAGGCAGAUCGGCAUGGCAGUGGAGCAGACAGUGACUAUGACAAUACCCAGACUACAGAAACUAGUAGCGGUAUGGAAGGACGAAGGUUCCUGGAUUUGUCUCGAGAUGAGGAUUUCCAUGCAGAUUCUGAGGACGUGGAGGUAGAAUUGGACUCAACAUUGCCCAGUACGGAGGAUGUAAUCCUGAGGACUGAACAAGUAACCAAAAACAUUCAGGAGCUCCUCAGAGCUGCACAGGAGUUCAAGCAUGACAGUUUUGUUCCUUGUUCUGAAAAGAUUCACUCAGCAGUAACAGAAAUGGCAUCACUAUUCCCAAAGAAGCCAGCACUGGAGACGGUACGGUCUUCCUUGAAAUUGCUCAACGCCAGCGCUUACCGGCUGCAAAGUGAAUGCCGCAAGACUGUGCCGCCAGAGCCUGGGGCCUCUGUGGACUACCAGCUUCUGACACAGCAGGUCAUCCAGUGCGCUUACGACAUUGCCAAGGCUGCCAAACAGCUGGUCACUAUCACCACCCGGGAGAAGAAGCAGUGACCUUUGUGUGGACUGAACAUCUUGUGUCCUUCACUAGAGGGCACAUUUUCUUUUGUAAUGUCGUAGCUGCCAAGACUUCCAUAAGACACCGAGGACUCUCCAUAACCUUGGAUGAGACUGAGGCGUCUACACUCCUGGCAACCAACGUGAGAGUUGCACUUCAGGCAACCAAAUGUUAAAUCUUCAGUCCCCCUCAUCAGCAACAUAAUGUAGACAUGCCCUGCCUUUUUACUUUCUUGACUUGUAGAGCGUAUUCAUUUCCAAAACACUGCACACAUGUACAUAUGUGUGUAUAAACCAUAUAUAGUUACUUUUAAAACGUGUGUGGUUGUAGGAAUUGUCUUGUGGUAGGAGGGUCAGUCACACUUCUUGUGAUUGUUAUCUAUGGGAGAGAAGCAUAAAGGCUCAUAGCAUAUGAGCUCAGCCAAAUGUGUUUUACUAUAUAAUGUUUACAUAAUGGAUCCAUGGGUUUUGAGCUCACUGGAUUAUAAAGCACAAUGAUAUCUGGUCCAUGGAUGGUAAGGGUGAUGUGUACAUGAUACUUUUGCUCCCAACGGUAGCUAGAUGUUACAUCUACAAAAAAAAAACAUUUCUAUGGCGUAAUUAAGGACGGAAUCCAUCAUGAGAUAAUUUAUGCAUAUUCAGAAAACUGUUGUUAUUGCCGUAUUUACCCCUUUGCACUGCAGGAUGUAUCAUAGUGCUUCAAUUAUUUGUAAAUAAAAAAAAUGGCCGAUCUGCAGCUCACAACACAUACACUGAAUUAUAUUCAGAUAUACAAAGUAAUAUAUUGUGCAGAUUUCAGGGCUAUGACUAAGCUAUUUGCAGGGAUUUCAUCUCUGCCUGGCCUACUGCUUUUUUGUUUUUUUGUUGGCUAGGGGGACUGUGAUAGACUGUACAUCUCAGAGCAACAUGAUAAAUAAGGCGCCUGUCAUUCACAGCUGUGUUCAUGUACCCCAUAGCUUAGAGUGGAUGUAAUUAUCAAGUGUAAUCUGCUGCAUGCUAUGGGGCAGCGCAAACUGAACACUUUGACACAUUACCAUCCUACUUGGUGUCAGCCAGUCCCUGUGCUACAUUGCUGUGUGUGAAAGGGUGUUUGUGAAUAAACGAAUGUGGCCAACCUAGACUUACACUGGAAACUAUGUAUAUAUAUGUAUGUACACAUAUAUAUAAUAUAUUAUAAACAUCUCUUUUUGUUAUUGGGCUGGUAAGGUGCUUAAUGUAGAAGACUGUUUAAGUAUUUGGUCUGUAACCACUUAAAGCUCAUUUUAAAAGCAGGCUGCUGCCUAAAGUGGAAUUCCAGCUAAACUUAAAUCUACUCCCACCCCCAUUCUAAGUCCAUUCAAUCUAUGCUGUAAAAGAAAAGAUGUGUAUACUUAAAUAUUCAGAACCCGCUCUGGUCACAUGAUCAAGCCACAGCCACAGCGCCAGCUUCAGUGUAGAGGAGAGGCAGGAACAAUGGCUGCAUAACCUGGGUAAUGACACCACCUAAAGGCUUACUGUGGGGCAUCCGUUCUCCGCUGUCCCUCCUCUACACUGAAGCGGAUGCUGGGACUCAAUCCUGACUGGAGCAGAGGGCUUCAGAAUAGGUAAGUAUAGGCAUUUCUUCCUUCAGGGUACAAAGAAUAGUCUUAGAAUGGGGUUGGAAGUAGGUUUAAGCUUUAUUAGCAUUUGUAUGAUUUGGAAUUCUACUUUAUAUGGCCUAAACACUGAGAAUGCUGGAAAAGAACAUUCUGCAAGCAAAAUGCUUAUAUUCCACAAAGUAGCACAGCGCCGUUGGGUCUAGCCUGCAAUGGCAAUAUUAGCAAGGAGUUUCUCCUUUUAGUGAAUUUUAAAUAAAAUGACUUAGUCCUGUGUUUACUACAUGUGUGCAGUAAAUGUCACAAGUCUUUAGUCUUCCUGAGCUCUCCUCCAUUCUUUGCACUGAACUUUUCUUUGUGCUCCCUGACCUUGCAGAGAGGGAUGCUCCAUAGAUCUGCGACAUGCCUUGAUUGUGAUUUUGCAAGAUACUAAGAAGUAUCCAGCUCCGUCAAUAAACUAGUGCAUUGUGCACUAACCAAUUGCAUCCAAGAUGGUUACUUCAAGUUACUGCACUUUAUACACUGCUGUUUGCCUUUUAAUUAAAUGCAAAACUACAUGUAUUCCUGUAACAAAGUGAAUCUGUCAAGCAGCAGUGAAAUAUCUCUUUGAGAAGCCUCAGGUUUAAGUUGUACUUCUUGGGCAGCAUAUGCAUAUAUCUGAUGACACAUGUGCCUGUAGGGUCAUUGAAAUUAUUUGAAGCUAUGUAUUUAUAGCUGUAGCCUCAGAAUAUACAUUUUACUUAAUGUUUUGUCUUUGCAGAGCUGCCUUGGUGCAAAGUAGCUAUAAAAAUAGAUUUUCUCAAAGCAUGCCCAAAACACUUGCAUUACAAUGACUAGGCCUACUCAUUAGUGCUCAGGCACUAGACCUUGCAUUAUAGGUUAGAAGGAGGUGUGCUUAAUCUAUACUGUUAUGGAGACAAAUCAGAUGACCUAUAGACGGUGCUGAAUGGACUAAACCUGAAGCAAAAGGUAUGUGCUGACAGCUCAUACUGUUACCUACCUCCUAAAGUUGUAAUAGUUUUGUUGCCCAAGUUCAUUGAAAAGAAACUGAGAAUGAAAACAUGGGAGCUACCUUUACUGUCUUGUUUUAAUAGUUCAAGCUCUGUGUAUGUAAUCUGACCUGGAACAAAUAUGUGAGACAGGAUUUCAAACGUUCGUGACUGCACACCAGUUUCAGGACAGUGACUCGGGUAGUAAUGCCAGAAGCUAAACAAUGGCUUAUUUUAAAGAAUAAUUCCAGGCAUUGGUAAUGGUAUACACAGCUUGGACCAGUGAAUUUAUGUGUAUACCAUGCUUGGCUGAUGACCCUGGAAGCUGAAAGUCCCUGAACAAGACACCACUACUUCUGUGAUCUCUACUUGCUUCCAGGUCCCACGCUGCGUGGCUGUUCUCCUGCAUUGUAAACACAGGUGAUCACCUGUUUGUCAUGGCUGCCAUUCAGAGAAUGCUUUGCAUUUUCUGAAUGAAUGCAGAGCAUUUUCUGAUUGGACGAAUUGAAGAGCGUGACAUCAUCACUCCACCCCAUUCAAUCAGAAAAUUCCCUUUAAAAAUUGCUAUGUCGGCCAUCCUCCUGUUCUCACAAUGCAUCAGACCAGCCACAAGUGGAGAUCAUUGUAUUGGUGGUGUCUAUGGAUAUAGUGAUUUUCAGCUUCUAGGGGCAUUAGCCAGGUAUGGUGUAUACUGUACAGAGUCUGAAAGCAUGCAACUGUAUAAAAUACAGAUGCCUGGAAUUUUUUUAAAACAAGCUAGCAAUGUUAACUCCACCAUUUCUCUUUAAAUUAUGCCAAGUAAUUGGAGAAUGGCAGUUUCUAUCUAUGCUUUCUCAAACUGGUAUUUUGCUUUACGACACAUUCCCUAUAAAGUCCUUAGAGUAUGUGUAGCUAAUAUGUAGUGCUAUUCUUCACACUAUAUAAAUAUAGCACUUCAAUGACCACUGUUACAUGUAGCCCUAAAUGAGAAGCUUGGUGUGUAUUUCUAAUAGUACCCAACCUCCUCCCUAAGGACAGGUUAAAAAUAAAAGACCUCAAUGGUUUGAAGGUGGCACAUUGCAACUUGUGGAAUGUUUGCCACUAUAGCCAGCGAUUCACAUUUCUUUUUUUUUUAGGGCUCCCUGGUUGAGCACUCCAGCUUUGGGUGAAACUGUGCCCCAAUUAUACAGAUUGUAUGCUCGUCUGCAUCCAGUUCUGUGUGAUACUGGCCUUAGACACCUAGUGGUGAUACAGCUGAAUAGUCUUUAGUGCGGUAAAAUUGUAUAAAUAAAUUGUUAGGCAUUGUCUGUAAAUCUCUUCUCCAAUCCUAUCUGCAGCUAGAACACCUCCCAACCUACUGACAGGUUGGGCAUUUUUCAUCAUUCAUCCUUUUUCCAUUUUGCUGCUGGUUCUAAAGUUGCCUAUCUGUAAAUUCCAACUAGCAAGUUUUUGUUUUGAAGCUAAAAAUGCCAUACUCUGCUUAUACUGUGGUCCUUGAGACCUCGGUGGUGGGUGUUCUAUGUAAAAAGAAUCGUAAUGUACAUUUGUAUCAAAUUAAACAACUAACACUC